UGUUACCUGAAAGAGAGCCACGCUCUUUUUCUCGCUCUCUCUCGCCCAAGCCCUCGGAGUUUCCCUUCCCCCAAUCAUUGCGAUCUCGCUUUUGGGAUCCAUGGAAGCCAGAUUCUGAGAUCAUUUGCCUCUCAUUUCCUCUCCGAGGCUUGUGUGUAUUGAUUUGGAGAUCUGUUGGUGAUAUGUGUCACUUAACCAUCGUCUUCGUUGGAGCAUUCUGAAGCAUUGAAUAGUUGUCGUAACCUGAUUGCUAUCAUCUCUUCACAGCAGAAAACACAAACAGCUUAGUUCCCACAGACUUCUUUUUGUAAUGAUGGCAACAAAUGAAAACCUUCCACCUAAUGUCAUCAAACAACUCGCUAAAGAACUGAAGAAUCUCGAUGAAACACCGCCGGAAGGCAUUAAAGUGGUUGUAAAUGAUGAUGACUUUUCUACCAUAUUUGCUGAUAUUGAGGGUCCUGCUGGAACUCCAUAUGAGAAUGGUAUAUUCCGCAUGAAGCUGAUAUUAUCUCACGACUUCCCUCAAUUGCCUCCAAAAGGCUACUUUCUGACUAAAAUCUUUCAUCCAAACAUUGCAACAAAUGGUGAGAUUUGUGUGAACACACUAAAGAAGGACUGGAAUCCAAGUCUUGGUUUACGCCAUGUUUUGCUUGUGGUCAGAUGUCUGCUAAUUGAACCAUUUCCUGAAUCUGCACUUAAUGAACAGGCUGGUAAGAUGUUGCUCGAAAAUUACGAGGAGUAUGCAAGGCAUGCCAGGUUGUAUACUGGAAUUCAUGCUCUCAAACAUAAACCAAAAUCUAAAACUGGAGCAAUCUCGGAAUCUACCACGGCUCUUAAUGUGGACAUGAAAAAUGUGGUUUCAAGUGACAAGGUGUUGCUACCUCCUGCUCCAUUGACUGCUAACACAGCCCCCAGAGUAUCAGCAGCCAAUGGCCAGGAUCAGAAUGUUGGUCCUCUAAUGGAGCCUACCAUUGGGACAUCAGCAAUUCAAAAGAAGGAAGGAGCUGUCACUACAAAAGCCCAGGUGGAUAAAAGGAAGAUGGAUGCAAGGAAGAAGAGUUUGAAGAGAUUGUAAGGAAAUUAAGGGAGAAGAUUCUGGAUUAGGGGUGGUAGACUUUGGAAUAUAAAGGACAUAAUCAAUGGGAAUCACACGAAAUAAUUUGUAAUCUGAACUUUUUUGGACUUGUUUUGUUGGGGUGGAUGGGGGAUAAUCAUUGGAUCUUAUUCUUUUAAUUUCCCUUGGUGUGCAAUCACUCAAAUCAUUGUGGGAAUAGCAGUUCAUAUUUUAGAUUCUUAGA